GUCUAACGUUGGUGCCACUGAAUCAUGCGAUCCAAAGUCAUAAUUCUUGUCUGUGACUUGAAUAAGAAAUAAUCAUAUUCAUAGAGUGACAAUAAAGUAGAAAGAAAAAAAACAUUUUUUAAAAUGCCUGCCGUUCGUCGCUUAGCAAUACUUAUUUCGUGCUUGUGUUUAUUUGCUGUAACGGACUCCAGGCGCAAGCUAAAAAGGGACCAACAUGAAAGCUUGAAGACCGUGGAAGUUGUAGAUUUUGACGAUGACUUUGAUGAAAUCGAGCCAUGUCAGUGCGGUGUUUUCAUGUCCCAGCAGAUGGGAUUCAGAGAUGGCCGUAGAACUCGCCCGCGAGGUCCACCACAAGGGGAGCCCGUAGUGACUUACGACACUGAGGGGCCUAGUCUGCCCUGCGGACCUAGCGGGUUCAAACACUGCAUCAGUAAAUGCUUGGAUGUGAUUCUUAAAUAUUUGCCGCGGGCUGGUCCGGUGAUUUGUGGCGCAGUAGAGCGCGACGUUCACCGCGAGAGGGCGUUCUUGUUCAUCAAGAAUUGUGGUGGCGAUUGGAGUCCCACCAACUUCUCUGCAGGAAAGGAAUUCUGUUGCACCGAUGGACAACAUCAUAAAUGUUGAAGAAACUUACCACAAGCUAAUUAAUAACAAUACAACCGACUUCAAAAAAAAACUAUUCCAAAACAUUAUUAUACUUUUUCAAUCGAACUAAUGCAAUUAAUUAAUCUAAUUCUAGUUACGAUUAUUGUUAAUUUUGGAAUCGGUGUCCUCGCCCCGCGGCCCCGCUCUCGCUU